AUGCAAGCUGCCAAUCGCCUCCGGACUGCGCUUCAAACAGGCAAAGGCGUGUCGUUUGGCGCAUGGCAAAUGCUUCCAGGCGCCAACCAUUCACGGAUCAUGGCCAAGAGCGGCUUUGAUUGGAUCUGUGUCGACACGGAGCACGGAAACAUUGCAGAUGGCCAAAUGCACGAAGCCGUGGCUGCAAUUGCCGCUACGGAAGGGUUCACUUAUCACCCAGAUCGCACGCAGAUGGUUGAGGAAAUCGCCAAAGUUCCAGGAGUAGACGUGUUGUUGGUUGGUCCGUGGGACCUGGGAAACAAUAUUAGUCGGCCUGUUAUGGGUGAUUUCCAUCCUGACUUGGUGGCUGCAAUUGAAAGAAUUCGCAAGGCAGCCGUCGACAACGGUAAGAAGGCUGGAAUUUACAGCGCAGAUGGCGAUUCCGCAAGCAAGUACGCAGAGCAAGGGUUUCACAUGAGUUUCGCCUCCGUCAUUGGAUGUGGAAAGGACUCGCUGAACGUGCAGAACAGCUUUGCUAUGGUGUUUUUUGCCGUAUCGCAUAGAGAGCAAUGGACGCGUGUGAAGAGGUAA